UUUCCAAAAUCAUUCAUAUGAAGAAAGAUUUAGAGAUUUGGUUCUCCUCUAUACAUAUAUGUAUAAUUAGCAAAUAAUCUCUUUUGACUAAUGAAAGGUUUUAAAGCUAAAGAAAGAAAAAAAAAAACAGAAAUGAAUCAUCGUCUUGCCGGGAUAAUAAGGCCGCUUGGCCACAUUACCACAGAUCGAAUUCGAUCCUCCUCCGUUGAGCCACCGUUUCCGGUUUACUACAAAACCAUAAUCAACCAUUUGCAAUCUCUAACCGGUAUCCACGUUUCACCUGGGCUUACCAAUCAAGAGAUCUCAGCCGUUGAAUCUUCUCUUGGUUUCUCCUUCCCUGUUGAUCUCCGUUCGAUUCUUCAAACCGGUCUUCCGGUUGGUACUAAUUUCCCCAAUUGGAGAACCGGAUCAAACCGCAAUCGUCUCCUUCUCCCUCUUCUUCGUCUCUCCAAAAUCGUCGCCGGAAACGGAUUCUGGGUCGACUCUUGGGGGAUCCGACCCGGAAACGACGCUGAGGCCUUAUCCCUCGUGAAGAAAUUGGUUGAGAUCGCUCCGGUUCUCGUCCCCAUCUACGGCGAUUUCUAUGUACCUUCGACGACGCCAAAUUUGGCGGGAAAUCCAGUUUUUCAAGUUGACGGAGACGGGGUCAGAUUUCUGAGUUGCGACGUCGCUGAAUUCCUCAAUGGACUCGGUCGAUCGGAAAUGCCUACGGUGGAUAGAAGAAUACGACGGAGGAGAGUGGAGUUCUGGAGUGACGCGGCGGAGAAAGGGAGAUCGUUGGAUGUGGUGGCGCGUGAUAACACGCGCGGGUGGUGGAGCGCGUCGGGCUGCGAGGGGUUGAGCGCGUGUUUGGACGACGCGUUUUGGAAGCUGAGGGAAGGAGGAUGGACGGAA